UGUCAGUUGAGGUCAGUUUUUGACCUUUCUGCCUCAUCCACACCACAAUACAAUGGAAAUUAAUGAAACUUAGCUCGUGGUGCUCACAGCAUUGGAAAAAUGAAGGUUCAACUCGCUGCUGUCUAACUGUCGUACGGUUUUUAUGCGGACUAUUUCUUUUCCUUAGAGUUCUAAUGAAAACUGCUUACAGUUAUUACUGGGUAUCAAAGUUUCAGUAUUUAGCAUCUAUCACUCACAGUACAGUGACGGAGACGUAUCAGCUGUGGUGACGCUGUUUGAGUUUCUCAGCAUCCCCCGCCACACCCUCCUCAGAGUGCAGCAGCAGCAGCCGCAGCAGCAGCAGCAUGAUGCGAGUGGCCCUGCUAGUUUUGGCUCUCACAGCAGUCUGCAAUGGCAUCCUCCCUGAGAUAGUGGACUCGGGCAUCAGUCACAUCCUGGAGGACAAUUCCGCCCAGGGACAAACUGAGCUGGACCGCAUGUUUGUGGAAGUGGAGCAACUGCCAGAGGAUCCGCAGCAAAAGCCUGACGAUGCGUUUCACCAAAAGAGCAACGAGAGCAUCUCUGCUUCUGAUAAUGUGAUUGAUAAUGAAUCUGUCCACACCUCAGGAGACCAGGAGACAAACAACAUUACUACAGCCGUCCAGUCCAGUGACCUGGGGAACGAUAUUGAUCAUGGAUGCAUCACUGACGAGGACUGUGGGAAGGGAAGGUAUUGCCUUUAUGACACGCACAACUCCAAGUGUCUGCCUUGCAAAGCAAUCGAUGUGUCCUGUACUAAGGAUACAGAGUGCUGCGGUGAACAGCUGUGCAUAUGGGGUCAGUGCAGUCAAAAUGCAACAAAAGGAGAGGCUGGCAGCACCUGUCAAUACCAGACUGACUGCAACCCAGACCUCUGCUGUGCUCUCCAUAAAGCCCUGCACUUCUCUGUCUGCUUGGCUAAGCCCAUUGAGCGUGAGCGCUGCUUUGGUGCCUCCAACCACCUGCUAGAGCUGUUGUCCUGGGACAUAGGGGACAAGGGACCCAGGAAGCAUUGCCCCUGUGCAGGAGACCUCCACUGCCAGCACCUGGGACGAGGGUCCAUGUGCCUUAAAGGAGAAGACUCAAGUGAAGAGGACCUGACAGACACUCUGUACUCAGAGAUAGACUAUAUAAUCUAGACAUAGCUUGAUUUGAUUCACAUUGCAGUGUAAACAACUAGACAAGGGUCUCCACUGACUCUAGCAGCUAGCAGUCAUAGCACUUUCUGUUUGCCAUCUUUAUCCAAAGUGGUAAAGCUAUACAGCAUGGGAAAUGGAUGAAAGUAUAUUUAUUUUGUUUGCUUUAAUUGAGAUCUGAGGUUUACAAACCUUAAAGGUUUCUGAAAAUGUAGAUAUAAAAGUCACAAACGAAAAACAGGAAUCACUAUAUUUGCAAAGUCCUGUGUUGAUACUAAACACUGGUUUCUUGACUAUUUGCUGCAUCUCUACAUUGCAUUGUAACACUAACCCAUAUCUCAUGCUAAUCCCAGCCAUAGCAUUAACCGCAACACACUGAAUGUAACUCUAGAUACUGAAUAGCUGUAGACUACUCACCUCACUGUUUAAAACUGAGACCAAAAUCAAAGUUUCAUUUGAGCCACCCAGUUUGCAGUCUCACUGCAUUUACUGUGCACUAAGAAGAAGAAGAAACCAGAUAUAAUCAUGCUUCAUGUACUGUAUGACUAACAAAACAGUAUCACAGAAGCAGGCAAUAAUAAAUCAUGUUUGGGUUACCAAGAA